UCUCUCUCUCUCUCUCUCUCCUCUGUUCACCGUUCUUCUCUUUGCUUCACAAUCUCUCUGUUUCUUCUUCAGAACAAACCUUUUUCUUUCAUCCUCAAGCUCUUAUAUCUCCUCCAUAGUGACACACCAAAAACCAUUAAGAGUGGAGAAAAAAAAAGAAUUAAAUUUGACGUUGAAGACUCUGUUUCCUCAACUCUGUUCUCCCUAAACGUUACAAAACAGAGCUCCAUAAGCUAAGAGACAAGACAUUAAAGUUUGUGGCUUUCAUGGAUUCAAAUACUCACAAUCAUCUCUACGACCCGAAUCACAUACCCUCUUCCGGGUCGGGUCUACUUCGUUUCCGUUCAGCUCCAAGCUCUGUUCUCGCCGCUUUCGUUGACGACAACAAGAGUGGACUCGAGUCCAACAGGUUGCUUUCCAGAUUCGCCAGCUCUAAUGGUCCCAACGAAUUCGAGGACAAGUCCUCUGUUUCAUACGCCGCCACUCUUCCGCCGCCGCAGCCUGAGCCGUCUAGCUUUCUCGGUUUGCCACCGCAUUAUCCGAGACAGAGUAAAGGGAUGAUGAAUACGAUUGGUUUGGAUGAGUUUCUUAAUAAUCAUCACACCAAACCUGUUGAAUCAAAUCUUCUCCGGCAGAGCAGCUCGCCGGCCGGGAUGUUCACGAACUUAACCGCUCAGAACGGUUAUGGUUCAGUGAGGAGUUUGAUGAACUACGUUGGUGAAGAAGAAGAAGACCAAGAGAGUCCAUCUAGUUCCAAUGAGUUAAGACGACACAACAGUCUCUCUUCAAGGCCACCUUCUUCUCUUGGAAUGCUCUCUCAGAUACCUGAAAUCGUCUCUGAAAGUAGUUUUCACUAUAGCCAUUGGAAUGAUCCGGCCAGCUUCAUUGAUAACUUGUCCUCCUCUCUCAAAACAGAAGCAGAGGAUGACGCCAAAUUGUUUCAGAAUGGAGAGUCUGGAAAUCGAAUGCAGUUAUUGUCACAUCACUUGAGUCUACCUAACGCAUCAUCUACAACCUCGGACAUGGUAACAGUGGAUAAGUAUAUGCAGCUACAAGACUCCGUUCCUUGUAAGAUUAGAGCCAAACGUGGUUGCGCUACACAUCCUCGAAGCAUUGCUGAACGGGUAAGAAGAACAAAGAUAAGUGAACGAAUGAGGAAACUACAAGAGCUUGUUCCUAAUAUGGACAAGCAAACAAACACAGCAGAUAUGUUGGAUUUAGCUGUGGAUUACAUCAAAGAUUUACAAAGACAGUAUAAGAUUUUAAAUGAGAACAGAGCUAACUGCAAGUGUAUGAACAAGGAGAAGAAUUUGAUAUAGCUCGCAACAAGGUGUGUGUAUAUAUAGAACUAAAGAAAGCAAAGAGAGAAGGGAUAAGAAAGAAACAAUGUACUUUUGAAUAUUUUUUUAGCUGAAACCAAAUUGUCUUAUGUAAGCUCCUAGAAAAAAGAUUUCUUAUGCUUUCAACAAAUGCUAAGCAAUAAUAUAGGAAUUCAAUCA